UAUAUACGCAGUGGCCAGUCGUUUUUCCUCAACAACCACAUGCUCGCAAGACGCAUUACAACGAAGACAGCAUACUCGAGAAACUUUUACACCUUUGCCACCCAGCAUACAUCAAUUGUCAGACAGAUCCCUCAUCGCAACCCGACGAAACUUCAAUCCCGCACCAUGGUCAUCACUAGCUUUGCGGACAAGUCUGCCAAUUUUAACAGACAAGUCAGCUCUUUCCGAGACAUCAUUGAACCGGGAGGAAAGUUUGCGCCCGAGAAAGGACGCUACCACCUCUAUGUCAGCUUGGCAUGCCCUUGGGCCCAUCGUACAUUAAUCGUCAGGAAGCUGAAGGGCCUUGAGGACUACUUUGAUGUGUCGGUCGUCCACCCCCACAUGCUCGAGAAAGGCUGGCAAUUUGUCCCCAAGGACCUUGCCGACGCCAAACCUGCCCCCGCCUCCGAGCACAACAACGAAACCUUCCCUAACGCAACCGUCGACCACCUCUACGGCUCUUCCCACAUCCGGGAUCUCUACUUCAAGGCCGACCCCGAGUACUCUGCGCGAUUCACGGUACCCAUCAUCUGGGACAAGCGAGAAAAGACGAUUGUCAGCAACGAGUCGAGCGAGAUCAUCAGGUUUCUCAAUACGGCCUUCAACGCAGCAUUGCCCAAGGACAAGGCGGAGAUUGAUAUCUAUCCUGAGGAGCUGAAGAAGGAGAUUGACGAGCUCAAUGAGUGGGUGUACAAUGACAUCAACAACGGUGUCUACAAGAGCGGUUUCGCUACUACACAGGAAGCCUAUGAGAAGGCGGUCAAGCCUUUGGCCAGCUCUCUUGAUAGGGUCGAGAAGAUCUUGAGCGACGGACGAGAAUUCUUGAUCGGCGGUAAGUUGACCGAAGCCGAUAUCAGACUCUUCACUACGAUCAUCCGAUACGACCCUGUCUACUAUGUUCACUUCAAGUGCAACUUUGGUUCCAUCCGACACGACUAUCCUUACUUGCACAAGUGGCUUCAGAAGCUGUACUGGAACAACCCCGCUUUCAAAGACACCACCGACUUUGACCACAUCAAAGAACACUACUACUACUCGCAUAUCAACAUCAACCCUAACAGGAUCGUUCCUUUCGGCCCCAACGUCGAUAUUGAGCCUUUGAAGUAGUGGUGAGAAGGGCGAGAGUACUUAGGAAACGAAGAAGUGUAUAAUUGGUAGUCGUACGACUAAGCCAGAUAGGGUCAUUUCGCCAGUUGUCAAGCAUGCAAUCCAUCAAUUCA